AUGGCGGUGGUUUUAGUUGACGAAGGUCACGACAGGCGGGACAUUAUCAUUCGAAAACGUUGCGAAACGUUGGAGCGCAUAGCUGAAACCAGGUCGUACGAUGCCAUUCAUGUUUGGGAUGGGGACGGUCAUCACCUCGAGUUGUGGCAGAGAAAACCUAGCACUGGUGCCCUCACCAAUGAGAAGGUAUCGGUUAUGGAUUUCUAUGCGCAUCACAUGAUGAUAAAAUCCACGUCUAUCAACCACGUCGCGAGAUGCCGCCAACUAUUUCACCAGUUUAUCGUAAACAUGUACGCUAAGACUGAGAACGAAUGA